GUGAUUGCUGUUUACUGGGUCGGGUUCUGGGAAAGGGCCAGAUUGCAUCAGACACGGCCUGAGGAGGACACGUGGCCUUAUAAGUUGGGGCCAGUGAACAGGGAGGUGUCGGAAAACCAGACACAAACAAAGCUUUCGAAGACGACUGAGAGAGACAGAGAGAGAGAGAGUCAGCUGUGAUGGCCACCUUUCCAGGAGCAGCCAGCCCGGCCCGGCAGCCCCCAGGCCCAGAGGACGAAGACCCCAGCCUGGAUGAGUACGACCUCUACAGCCUGGCUCAUUCCUACCUGGGAGUCGGAGGCCGGAAAGGUCGCACCAAGAGAGAAGCUGCUGCCCACACCAACCGCCCCAGCCCCGGCGGCCAUGAGAGGAAGCUGGUGACCAAGCUCCAGAACACGGAGCGGAAAAGGCGAGGGGCAAGGUCCUGAAGCAGAGCUGGAAAUGAGGCCAGAGCACGGACACCACACAGCGAUGGAGACAAGACCGCGGAGAAUCGGAGAAUCGGCACCGGGGGCAGGGCCCAGGCCUGCUUGCCCCCCAACCCACCCCCAGGACUUACCCUACCUGACUGAGGCUCCGAGGGGCCACCAAGGAAGUGCUCCCAGCCCCAGCAAAAGGACAAGAUAGGGAGCAAGAGGCAAGGAAUGGAGAGGCAGAGUCGCAAAAGUACCCCCUAAAAAGAAAGACAGUGAAGAAACUGGACCUCCCUAAGGGUGGGAAGGACAAUAAACAAAGUAGAGCUGCA